GGCCCGCGGCCCCUCCCCUGCGCCAGGGCCGAAGAUGAGCUUCCUCUUCAGCUGCCGCUCUUCUAAAACAUUUAAGCCAAAGAAGAAUAUCCCUGAAGGCUCUCAUCAGUAUGAACUCUUGAAACAUGCAGAAGCGACUCUCGGAAGUGGCAAUCUGAGACAAGCGGUUAUGUUGCCAGAGAGAGAGGACCUCAAUGAGUGGAUUGCUGUUAACACUGUGGAUUUCUUCCAUCAAAUCAACAUGUUAUAUGGAACUAUUACAGAAUUUUGUACUGAAGCAAGCUGCCCAGUCAUGUCUGCAGGUCCCAGGUAUGAAUAUCAUUGGGCAGAUGGUACUAAUAUUAAAAAGCCCAUUAAAUGUUCUGCACCAAAAUACAUUGACUAUUUGAUGACUUGGGUUCAGGAUCAGCUUGAUGAUGAAACUCUUUUUCCUUCUAAGAUUGGUGUUCCAUUUCCCAAAAACUUUAUGUCUGUGGCCAAGACGAUUCUAAAGCGGCUGUUCAGGGUUUAUGCCCAUAUUUAUCGCCAGCACUUUGAUUCUGUGACGCAGCUGCAAGAGGAGGCCCACCUCAACACCUCCUUUAAGUGCUUUAUUUUCUUUGUUCAGGAGUUUAGUCUGAUUGAUAGGCGCGAAUUGGCACCUCUUCAGGAAUUAAUUGAGAAGCUUGGAUCUAAAGACAGAUAAAUGUUUCUUCUAGAACACAGUUACCCUCUUGCUUCAUCUAAUGCUCUCUCAAUGCUAUCUGGCAUAGACUAGUGGUAUAGACUAUAAGAAAAUGGGAUAAAAAAGAUAUCCAUUGUCCCAAAGGUAGGUUGGUGUAAUAGCUUCAGAAUGAGACCUUAAGGA